GUCGAAGUUUCGGGAGGUUGAUGUGAGUCUGAAGUUCUAAAAUCAAGUCGCUUAUAAGGAUCAAUAGCACAAAACAGGAAAAUGCUACAGUGCUACCUUGAUUCGCUUCAUACAGAGAUGGUCUGCAGCAUCCUCAAGGCUGCACUGGAAGUCAUCGUGGAAGAAGAUAUGAUGAUAACUCCUCAAGCCAGGCACCGCGUGCUGGCAGGAGGCCUGCCAUUCCCUCAUACCAUGGCAUUGGUAUGUAGACGCUGGCGAGACAUCGUGUCUUCUACAUCUGAGUUGUGGACUCGGAUCUUUUACGUGUCGCCCCAGGUGGAGGUCCAGUGGAUGCGCUCGCAGCUGGAGAGGACGGGGAAUCAUCCACUCAAUUUGACCAUAAUCAACCAGCGCGGCCCGUAUUUCGGAAUCUCUUCUAUCUUAUCCUGCAUUGCACCGCAUGUUCAACGACUCAGGAGCCUUAGAAUACUUGACUUUUACGGGGCAUUCGACCGGCGCCAGUUCGACAUGCUAACAGGACAUGCUCCCCGGCUUGAGUGUUUACGAUUAACAGAUUCAAGUUGUCUCAAGUAUUUCCUCAUCCCGCUAUCGCAGUUCAAACUCGACUGUCCCGCCCUCAGGAUCCUCGAUAUCAACGAGGAUGUAGUUGACAACUUCGACCACCAGUGGUUGAAGAACAGCCUAACACAUAUUGAGUUCAUGACCAUUUCAUUCGACGGAUCUGGUCACCAUCCGAUCAGUGGAUCGCAAGCAGUGGCACUUUCUCGGGCAUUGAAUGCAGUACCACGGCGAAUACCUUGCCUCACUCUCAACAACCUGCAAUUACCUAGCAUCAUUUCCAUGAAGGAAGUUGGCAUCAAAUUCGGGGCAGAGAAAGUGAUCCUGCGCGCAUGCAUCGACGCUUUGGACGUGAUUGAUGACAAUUGCCAGACCAUUGCUCUUCACCGAUGCAAUUCUAUCCAUGAACUUUAUCACAGAUUGUUACCCUCUUCGAAUUCACUCGAGUUAGAUUGGUGUGCCGGCAAAGGCAUGUGGAGGUUUUUUAACACCCGCACGUGGGAUGGUGGUACAGUGACCAUCACGAACAGCCACUCCUCGUGCAUCAAGGUCAUCUUGCAUCUCCUUGGUGCACCUUUCAAGCACCAGAGUUGUUCCCUGUGGCCCCGUGUCACCACGCUCAAGCUCGUAGCCAAGGGAAAUUUCGUGAUGGAUGUGCCGUUGACAAUAUUGAAGGCAAUGAUCAACAGCCGGAGGGGGGCCACGGGGCAGGAGAACUUGGCGAAGACCGACUGAGGAGCUGGAUAGCAUGGGAUUCCAAAGUGUACGUCCCCUCACAGUGCUUCGUGUGUAUGGGGGACAAUUUCUGUCGCGCAAGGAGAAGGCGUGGUUUGAGGGAAACGUGAGGGACUUCGUAUGGGAGUACAAGAAAAGGCGAAGGAGUAGUUGAUAUAGGUCGGUAGGUCGAGGUACUCAUACUUAUGGCACUAGAUCUGUUCGACUGUUCGACACAGAAGCAAGGCGCGCGCAGAUUGGCCUCAGUGAAACUUCGGUCAUAUUAAUAAACUCAGAAAACAGAA